AUGCGGGCGACUUCAUCAUUGACGAUGCAAAAGAAUAACAGCGCGACGUGCUGCGUCCCGCGUCGACAGUUUUCUUCUUCUUCGAAAUCAUCAUUGUCAUCCAAAAAUCAUCAUCAUCGUCGUCGACACGGGAUGACGAGAGUGGUGCCGAAAGCAGUCGCCAACACGGCAAAUCUCCCUUCGGAAAACAAAGACGUGAAAGUGCUCGUGGUUGGUGCGACUGGGUACAUCGGUAAAUUCGUGACCAACGAGUUGUGCAGUCAAGGGUACGACGUGACCGCGUACGUUCGUCCGAGGUCUGGGAUUGGUGGUAAAAAUACCGAAGCGGAUGCGAAAAAAUUGUUCACCAACGCCAAGGUAGAAUUUGGAACGUGCGGCUCGAUGGAAGACGUGGAGAAAAACGCGUUCAAAGACGGAGGCGAGAAGUACGACGUGGUGGUGUCGUGCUUGGCGAGCAGAACUGGCGGCGUGAAGGAUUCUUGGGAUGUGGAUUAUCAAGCGACGAAGAACGUGUUGGACGUGGCGAGAAAAAACGGCACGAAGAAAUUCGUGUUGCUCUCGGCGAUUUGCGUUCAAAAGCCGUUGCUGACGUUUCAAAAGGCCAAGUUAAAGUUUGAGGAGGAAUUGGAAAAGUGCGAGGAUAUUUCGUACUCCAUCGUGAGACCGACGGCGUUUUUCAAAUCUUUAGCUGGUCAAGUCGAAUCGGUGCAAAAAGGCGGACCGUACGUCAUGUUUGGCGACGGACAGUUGGCGUCGUGCAAACCGAUUUCGGAGAGAGAUUUGGCAAAAUAUAUGGCAGAGUGCAUUCGCGACGCGAGUUUGGAGAAUAAGGUGUUGCCGAUUGGCGGUCCAGGGAAAGCGUUGUCGGCGUUGGAGCAAGGGACGAUGUUGUUUGAACUCCUCGAGAUGGAACCGAAAUUCGUCAAGGUACCUAUUGAAAUCAUGGACACGGUGAUAAAAGUGCUCGAUUUCUUCGCCGGGUUUUUCGGGAACAUGACGGAUGCUGCGGAGUUUGGGAAGAUUGGGAGAUAUUACGCGGCGGAGUCGAUGUUAGUGAUGGACGAAAAGACGGGAGAGUACAAAGCAGACGAGACGCCGAGUUACGGGACGGAUACUUUGCGGGACUUUUUCAAGAAAGUCAGCGUAGAAGGAUUGGCGGGACAAGAGUUGGGCGAUCAAGCCGUGUUCAAGUAA